CAGAAAGGAAACCUGGAGUGAGCCGCUGUUCGGGCCAGAAGUGAUGGGGGUGAGGGAAUACAGUCUAUUCCUAUUUCAAGGGUUUUGUCCCAAGGAAGAAGGAUGAAGCUUGUUCUACUUCCCUUCGGAUUGCAAAAGUGGGAGCCUUAGGUGGAAAUCAGCCCAGACUACUGGAGAAGGUUCACCCCCAGGAAAGCUGUCCCCGAUGGCUAUGGCUGCCGCCAGGGACAAUGAUCAGCCCAUCGCUUUAGAACCCGAGCUGCUCUGGUAGGACGUCACAGAGCUUCUGGUUCAGGGACAAAUUGGCUUUGGCAGCCUUUACGAUUCUCUCCGAUCAUAGAAUCCCGGGAUUCCAGCUGGGGCUUGGUCCAACUCCAGACUAGUUAUCAUACUGCGUUGUAUGCCAUGCACAGUGGCUUCCGAGACAAAAAGGACAGAACGCCUGACCUCCAGGAGUUUACUUUCUACAAUGGGGACCUUAACAGGAAAUGAAUCAAGAGAGUACCACAAAGAAAAAAACCUUUGAAGGGGCCAUGAAAGUUCCCAGAGAAACCAGUGAAGUGGACAGGAGGACCAUGAGAGACAUCGAUAGAGGGAACACCCGCCAGAAUGCCCAGAUGAGGCGUUCUGUCAACCCGAUUCACUCGCUAAGGCGUUGUUCGAUGUGGUGUUUUUCGUCGUAUAGACGCUGCCUUGGCCUGGGUGCUGUGGAGGGAGCAUUACUUCUUGGCCCCUUCCGCAGCCUGACUGUUUAUUUAUAUGUGUGCCUGUUGUGGGAGCAGGGACAGCAGGCCAUCAUAAUCAGGGGUAUAGCCCAGGAGCACAUGAUGCCCAAAGGGGACUCUCAGAAAAACUUCCGCUUGGGCCGCAAUUCCCGGGUUUCUUCUGCAGAGGACGCCAAAAACAAGAACAUGAAGUCUAUCAGCAAUUCUCGAGUCUCCAGCGCAGAGCCUGUGGAGCAGAAGUUAUCUUCUCCCAGUUCACCAACUCUGCGGACCCCCGAGAAGACCCCUGGCUCUCCCCAGGAGCUGGAACCGAAUUUGUCUACACCUCUCCCCUCCCCCCACUCCCCACCCCCACCUUCAGAGAGGUCCAAGCCCUGGGCACCACAGGGACGGAAGAGCCCCAAGAGUGAAGACACUGACGAGGACGUUUCCAACUGGACCCCGGGUCGACCCAGACCACCCAAACCUAAGAAUGCGAUCACCAUUGCUGUCUCCUCCCGAGCACUCUUCAAUAUGGUGGAAGAUAGUAAAAUCUUUGAAAAUGAAGGACUGGAGAAGUACAUGGAGUACCAGGUCCUCAAUGAGAAUGUCAUUCUGAGCCCUGGACCUGCCUUUGGCUUCAUCAAGGCCCUGCAGAGCGUCAAUGCCAGGCUGCGGAGCCUCUACCCCAAGGAGCAGGACCUGUUCGACAUCGUGCUGAUGACCAACAACCACGCCCAGGUGGGGGUGCGGCUCAUUAACAGCAUCAACCACCACGGCUUGUUGAUUGACCGCUUCUGUAUGACUGGUGGAGAAAGCCCUAUUGGCUACCUAAAGACCUAUCUUACCAAUUUAUAUCUUUCUGCAGAUUCUGAUAAGGUCCAAGAAGCCAUAGAAGAAGGGAUUGCUGCGGCCACAAUGUAUUUGGGGAAUAAAGACUUGCCGUUCUCAGAUACACAACUCCGAGUGGCCUUCGAUGGGGAUGCCCUCCUUUUCUCAGACGAAGAGGAGCAGAGUGUUGAAAAAGGAUCAGACAAAAAUUCUCAAAAUCCAUUUAAUGAGAACAAGCCUCUUGCUCAGGGUCCCCUGAAAGAAUUCCUACAAGAUUUAGGACGGCUGCAAAAGAAGUUUUAUGCCAAAGACGAGAGAAUGCUCUGCCCCAUCAGGACCUAUCUUAUCACUGCCAGGAGUGCAGCCAGCUCUGGGGCCCGAGUACUCAAAACGCUCCGUGCCUGGGGCCUGGAGAUCGACGAAGCUCUCUUCCUGGCUGGGGCCCCCAAGGGGCCCAUCUUGGUCAAGAUCCGGCCGCACAUCUUCUUUGAUGAUAACAUGUUCCACAUCAAGGGGGUAGAGAAGUUUGGUACUAUUGUAGCCAGCGUGCCCUUUCCCCUCUCUCGAAAAAGUAGCCAGAAUCAGUAGGGAAGUUAAGAUCAAAUAAAAUGUGGUUUGCUCUU